CUUAUUCGUCCAAGUUGACUGAAUUAAUUCCUGCAAGAAGAAUUUUAGUUGAGGCAGAAAAACGUGACAAUGGUUAUACUUAUCGUAAUGUUUACCCUGAACUCCUUGGCCUAAUGGCUAGCAAUUAUCCGGAGAUUUUCGAUAUUGAAAGCUUUCUUAUUGAGGAAGAUCGUGAAAC